AUGGAAGAAAUUUGGUGGAUCCCGUUCAGCAGUGCCAGUAGCAGUACCCUGCUUCCUCCGGCGGCAGCAAUUUCCAAAUACCUGAGCACAUCGAUUCCUACCCUUAUCCUCGCAGUUUUUGCAACUAUCGUCUAUAUUUAUCGAAGGCGAAGAGCAAGACUUGUCUAUCAUAUCAACAGGCUGCCCGGACCCUACAUGGUUCCACUGGUCGGAAAUGGACUCCACGCCUCGCUUGGUUCCAAGGAUGAUUUUCUCGAUCGGGUCGUUGCCGCCCAAAAGAUGUAUGGCCGCCACAUCGGAAUGAGCCGCGCCUGGAAUGGUCCCAAUCCAUAUGUGAUGAUCUCUAAAGCCAGUGCUGUGGAGCCCAUCCUGAGCAAUCCCCGGCUGGUGGAGAAGAGUACCGAUUACGACUUUAUGAAACCGUGGCUCGGAAAUGGAUUGCUUACUUCGCCCGGUAAAAUUUGGCAUCCGCGACGGAAGGCACUGACCCCGGCGUUCCAUUUCAAGAUUUUGUCCAACUAUGUGCAUAUCUUCCACAACAACGGACUGCAGCUGGCGGAAAAAAUGGCCGAACAUGCGGAACAGCAGCAGGAUUUCGAUCUGGUCCCACUGGCAACGCUCUGUGCAAUGGACAUUUUCUGUGAAACUUCCAUGGGUAUUCCGAUAAACGCCCUGAAGAAUGCUGAUUCGGAAUACGUGGUAGCUCACAAACAAAUAGGAAAAAUCAUUCGCAACCGGCUGCAAAAGUUCUGGCUGCAGCCAGAUUUCAUCUUUAAACGCACCGAGCAAUACCAACAACACCAGGAGUGUCUCCGGGUGUUGCACGGAUUCUCCGAUCGGGUCAUCCGGGAACGCAAGGCUGAAGUGUUGAAACGCCGUCAGGAACAGGCAAAGCUGGACUCGAACAACAAUCAGAAAUCCUCAAUUUUGGAAGAUGAUGAUUUCGGCAAGAAGCGACAACUUGCUUUCCUGGAUUUGUUGAUUGAGGGAUCGUUCGAUGGAAAUGGACUCAGUGAUGUGGACAUCCGAGAGGAAGUUGAUACUUUUGUCAUUGGUGGACACGAUACGACAGCCCACGCUAUUUCCUGGACUCUGUUUCUAUUGGGUUCGGAUCAGGAAAUUCAGGAUCGAGUGUUCAACGAAAUCGAUCAGAUCAUGGGAGGUGAUCGAGACAGACUACCCACUAUGCAGGAAUUAAACGAAAUGAAAUACCUAGAACUCUGCAUCAAGGAAACGCUACGAUUGUAUCCCAGCAUCCCUUUGAUUGCCCGACGGUUACCGGAAGACGUUCAAAUCCAGGACUACACGAUACCUAAAAAUACAAACGUCAUGAUCGUAGUAUAUCAUCUACACCGGGAUCCAACGGUGUUUUCGAAUCCAGAGAAAUUCAAUCCGGAUAAUUUCCUGCCAGAAAACUGCAACGGACGACAUCCAUAUGCCUACAUUCCAUUUAGUGCUGGAGCACGAAACUGUAUCGGACAGAAGUUCGCAAUCCUAGAGGAGAAAACUGUCCUUUCCAGUAUCCUACGGAAAGUUCGCAUUGAGGCCGUCGACCGAAGGGAAGAUAUCAAGCUACUGGGAGAUCUGGUUCUGAGACCACGAGAUGGACUGAAGAUUCGUGUCACCCGGAGAGAUUAGCCUAUGUUUAUACUCGUUAGAUUUAAGUUCCUCUAAUCAGGGUCGAAUUCCUAGAAUUUAUUACUGAGUUGAGAAGUCCUUUUAAAAAAUUUAAAAAAUGGAACACCUCAAUCAUUCGUAAAU